AUGCCCCAAAUCCUGAAGGACAUGGACCGGGCGCGAAAGACUGAGAUCGAGUCUCUCCGCGUCGGCGUCAUCAACAACAUACACUCAAUAUAUCAAAAGGCAGACAAGAUGGUUGUGCUGGACAGUCUAGCAUUGCAAAUUGACACCGGCAGUCUCAUUGAUGUCGCUGUUAUUCUUUCAUUGGGUCGCUGGAUCGCAAGGAUGUGGACUGUGGUUGAGGCGAGGCUGGGGAAUAGAGUCUUGAUUAAGACUGCAAACGGAGAGGUCGAUUUGGAUGAGAUUGUAUCACUACUGGAAGAGGAGGCUAUUGAGGCCAGUCAUCGUUAUGGCGUUCUGCUGAGAAUUCUGUCGACUACGCGUGGAAAAGCUUCCCAUUUGGCCAGGUCUGGGCUACAUGAUUUGGUCGAAGCCUUCAGACACUCUCACACUGGGGACAACGUCGACAGAGUACGGGCAGCUUUUCCAUUGCUGGGUCUCAGAUGGGAAGCCGGAUGGGGCCAAGAAGAGGCCUCUAUGGCGAACGGAGAAUCUCUGGGUGUUACCAUGCAAUACCCUCUGUCUUGA